AGCGAAUCGAGUUAGUUUAAUAUCCGGCUGGGUCAGCACUUUCAUUUAUCUGAUAUCAAACGCUUUAUCUAUGCCAUCGUGGCUGGUGCUUUAAAGUAAUAUUUUUGAUUGGCACUUUUUCAAGGUGGAAGUUAAUUCACCAAAGUUCGCUCGGGGAGAACAUGUUGGGGUGAAUUUCGCACAAUGUUGACCUAUCAUUUCACUCUUGCAUAAUUUUUGUACAAGUUAAGUACGAGUCGUUGACUUCCGCGAUCUUCCCGUUCAACAUGGCAGAGGAGCGGACGCCGCUGCUCAACUUCGACGAUGAAAGCACAGAUUUUCAAGAUCCCAGACAGAAAAUCAGGUCUCUUUAUAAGAGGGAUAAUCACCUAGGAGUUCUUUCAACGCAGGAUGAAGGGCUGAUUAGGAUAAGUCCGACCAACUCGGAGCAAAAUUUGACAGAAGUGGACCAUAUUGUGUCUGUGUUUGUUGUGGCUUUUGAUACAAAAGCAGGAAAUGUGAUAGAGUGGUGCCUUCCACAAGAAAUGGAUCUUGAGGGAGUAGAAUUUAAAUCUAUGCCAAGCGGGUCACAUCAUCUCUUAAAAGAUUUUGUAUAUUUUAGAAAAGCCGAGUUCUAUGGCCUAGCGUGCUUUGAGAAUAUGCCAGUGGAGAGCCAGAUAGAGAGGGGUGCCAGAAUGAAGUCUGUGGGAAUCCUCUCAACCUCAUACACACUUUUAUAUAGACACAUGCAAUUACUGGAAACCCAAGUCAGACACCAGUUGGAGACCCCAGGCAGGUACUCCCAGUUAGAGGCAUUCUACGAAGACAAGAAAGCAGUGCUGCCACCCAGUGGUAGCGCGGGGAGCUUACGAAACUUAACAUCGACUCCAGCAUCAACACCUAGUAGUGACAUACUGCCAGAACUCAAAAUCACACAUCCUGCCGGCUGCUUCUCACAGUUCAUCAAGUUCUUUGGAGAACAAAUCUUUGUUCUGUGGAAGUUUGCAUUAUUACAGAAACGAAUCAUUUUCUUCUCCCCGCCUCCUAUAGGAGUUGUGUGUUAUCGUGUUUACUGUGCCUGCUGCCUAGCCAAUCACAGCUCAGAUUUAAGGAUAUCCAGUCACGAAGUGGAGCCCUAUUUCUACAUUAACGUCGCUGAUAUCGACAGUUUAGAAUCAGAGGUCUCCUUUAUUGCAUGUACCACAGAGAAGAUAUUUCAGAGUAAAACCCAGCUUUAUGAUGUCUAUGUGGACAACCAGGAUGUGACUACACAUGUUCCUGGACUGCAAGAACUGCUACGAGUUAGCCCUGCUGACAAAGAUAAGAUGGCAAAACUCAAUAAUCAGAGAUCAGCCCAAUUAUUCUUUGUAGAAGGACUCGGAGAACAAACAGCAAUGGAGGAAGAGGAAGUGUUUACUCUAUUUUUCACAGAGCAAAACAACAGGAUAUUCCAGACAUUGUUGGAUGUUAGUGUAUCAAUGGACAGGACGUUGACUUCAGAUCAUAUGAGAAGUAUGGGCCUGGAUCCCAUUGGGGACCGCCCCUUUCUUAUGGAACUAGUGGAAAUGUAUGGCAUUGACGUUGUUCUCAUGAUUGAUAACCCUUGCUGUCCUAAAUAGAAAUAAAUAAGAGAAUGUAGGUGGAAAGAUUGAAUUCGUUGGAAUGAGAAGGACCCCAUGCAUAUUGGAAAUGUUGGCAGUAAGCAUUUUGACAAGUUUUUCAUACUGCCAUAUGUGCUAUUGCAUCAUGGAAGGACUUCCAAUGGUUUUACAUCGAUGGCUACCAUGAAUGAGAGAAAUUUUCUGGAUGCAAUAUUUUAGAAAAAUCUCUUCUAUACUGGUACCAGUGCAUCUACUUAAAAUGUUUUUGAAAGCUGAGCUUUAUGAAAGCAGAAAUAAAAAUAGGACACUUACAAGGCUUCAAACAACUUAUCACUUGUCUUUUAUUUAUAAUUUAUACUGUGAUAAAUUCAUAGAAAUAGGGGGCCACAUUAAAAAGUGGGCAAUUUUAUGAUUACUGUUCAUGAUAAGUCUUUGUGUUUGAAAAAUCAUUUAGAAGCCCAGGCUUGAGUUGAAGGAUAAAAAUUUGGAUCAGAACUUGAUACAUUGUACACACAGAACAUGUGUUUUUACUUUUUUCUCAAAAGAAUUUUAUUUAUCUCAUCAAAUAUAAGUAUUUUGCAGCUAAAAUGUAUAUAUAAAUUUUAGUUUAUAUUUUCAAACCGAUAUCAAUUGAAUUUUGUACAUAGCACGAAUAUGUCAGCUACUUGAUCUUUUAAAGUGAUUAAGAUUAAGUUUUAAGAUCAUGACGAAAGAAUUUUCCUUUCAAAAUAAGAAUUUCAUUACAGCACUCAGUAUGUUAAACAUCACAAUAUAAUGCUAAGAAAUCAGGUAAAAACUAUUCCUGUAGUGGGCAUAAUUUUCUACUGUGUAUGUCCUAAAACAGACUAGUAGACACUUUGAUCAGAAAAAUGACCUAAUAAGGAUAAUAAUGUUCAAAACAUUUAAACAUAAUUUAGUUUAAAAAUGGGCACCAGAGGUCAGGCAUGAAUAUUGAUCAAAGUGAUCGCAUUUCAUCCAAACAAAAUUUAAAAGAAAUAUCUUUUGUAGUGAUGCCUUUGAUGCAAUAAUGUAAAUGAAGAUAAAAGGUAGUGUUGACAUAAGUUUUGAAGAAAAAGCAAUCAGAUGCAAGUUAAAUCUAAAUUUAAUGGAAUAGUUUGAGAUGGCAACUUGGUCUCUGAUCUGCUGGGUAUCGUGACCUCUACAUUCAAAGAGGACCUUUUCUUUAGAUAUCCACAGAUGUUUCUCUGACUAUUUUAUGUACAUUUCUAUACCAUGUGAGUUUUUGUGAAAAAGAAAAUCACCAAUCUGGCCUCUGGUAGAAUCUGAAUAGAUCUAUAUCUUGGGAAAGAUUAGAUUGUUUGAUAAGUUAUGAAACAAAUUACAUGUAUCUGAAAAUAUCUAUGGCUGGAUUCUGUUUCUAUCAGAAUCUAAUAAUUUUGAAUAAAUACCUUUAUUAUAA